UCAUUAAUUGUAUCAAUCUCUUACCGGUCAUAUAUUGCCUCAAUAUCUGAGCACGUGGAAUGGAGUUACUAUGGUAACAGGGUGUCAACAUCAAGUAGUUGUGUUUUCAUGUAGCCACUGCUAGCUAACCCGUCAGCAAUCCUGCAUCCUAUCAACAAUGGCUGAAAUGUCUGCUAUGAAUAGAAAAUUGAUUCAGAAUCUCGCUGAAACUCUUUCCAAACAAGUCAAACACUUUAACAAAACAGAAGCAGAGUGUCUGAUCCGACUGUUCAAUGGUCUCCUGGGGGAUCAGAGUGACAGGAGGGUAGGGAAUGGCCUGGACAGAGGAAAAUUCAGGAAUAUUCUACACAACACCUUUGGAAUGACUGAUGAUAUGAUUAUGGAUAGAGUAUUUCGUGCAUUCGACAAAGACAACGACAGCUACGUCAGUGUGAAAGAGUGGAUCGAGGGACUAUCAAUCUUUCUCCGUGGGACAUUGGAUGAAAAAAUUAAGUACUGCUUCGAUGUGUAUGACUUGAAUGGAGAUGGGUACAUUUCCCGGGAAGAGAUGUUCCACAUGCUGAAGAACAGCCUGAUCAGACAGCCCACAGAGGAGGACCCAGACGAGGGCAUCAAAGACCUGGUGGAGAUCACACUCAAGAAGAUGGACCAUGACCACGACAGCAGACUGUCCUAUGCAGACUUUGAAAAGGCAGUGAGAGAUGAGAAUCUAUUGCUUGAAGCUUUUGGAACCUGCCUUCCCGAUGCCAAGAGCAUAUUGGCAUUUGAGCAGCAUGCAUUCCAGGAUACACUUGAGCAUUAAGGACAACACUACUUUAUUCAUUUUCAUGAAACUGCAAAUAUAUAUAAACAAAUAAAAAUAUAUAUAAAAAACUUCUUAUACUCUGAUGAGAAAUAUAAAAAUGAAACAUGUUGAGAAAAGAUGAAGUACCGUCUAAUUGGUGUAAAGUCUAGGAACUUGAUGAAAUGUAUCCAUUAUCUUCUGUGUGAUGCUGUCCGUUUCGGAACACGGAGUCUGUUCUGUCCCUGAGCAAGGCAGUUAACCCACUGUUCCCCAGGCGGCGAAGACGUGGAUGUCCAUUAAGGCAGCCCUC